AUGCGAGACCGUGCGAGCGUCUGUAUACAUACACAUUCGUAUAGCGUACGAAACAGCCAGGACAGUCCCAUGAGCACGCGAUCCAGGUCGACGCAGUCCCAGCGCGUGGCGCGCCUUCGUAACCUACUUGCUCACGAUCUAGUUACUGUCAUGCCAUGCUGCUACGAUGGAUUGAGUGCGAAGCUUAUUGAGCGCGCAGGCUUCGAAGUGACGUUCAUGACUGGUUUUGGCGUGUCUGCCGUCCAUGGCCUGCCGGAUACACAGCUCGUGUCGUUUGGCGAAAUGAGUCGCACUGCUGGAAUCAUCUGCGAGUCGCUACGUGACAUUCCGUGCAUUGGUGACGCUGACACGGGCUACGGUAAUGCCGUGAACGUGAAAAGGACUGUGGCAGCAUAUGCCCAGGCAGGUAUGGCCGGUAUCCUGCUGGAAGACCAAGUGUCGCCGAAACGAUGUGGCCACACUGCUGGAAAAUCGGUCGUCUCGCGAGACGAAGCGUUUGCUCGCGUGCGUGCGGCGGUAGACGCUCGUCGAGAAGGUCAAUUUGACCUUGUCAUACUGGCGAGGACGGACGCUCGUGGAACCCAUUCGUUGGAUGAGGCGAUUGCUCGCUGCAAAGAGUUUGUAACCCUCGGGGCAGACAUUACGUUCCUCGAGGCACCACAGUCGAUCGAGGAGAUGGAGACGUACUGCAGAGAAGUGCCUGGUCCUAAGAUGGCCAAUAUGGUGGAAAAUGGUCUGACGCCAGUUUUGCUGCCGGAACAGCUUGGAAAAAUGGGAUACACGCUCGUGGCGUACCCGAUUACAUUGCUGAGCGCCAGUAUCUCUGCGAUGGAAAAGGCGUUGAAGCUGCUCAAGUGCCAGACAGGUGAAAAGAAAGAGGAAGGCUCUGCCGAAAACGCCACGCCGUGUGCGGCACUGGACCAGUUGCUGUGCGACUUUGGACACGUAAAGGACGUUGUGGGCUUUACGGAAUACUAUGCGGAGGAGGAGCGAUACAAGGCAUGA